AUGGGCCCGGAGCCGAAAAAGUUUGGCGUCGCCGACGGAGAGCUGAUGAACGUCCUCACCGCGUCCGGGCCGUUCGCGACGCGGCUCGUCAGCGGCGCGCUGUGCGAGGGCUGGACGCCGUCCAUCGUGGAGGGGCCGAUACCGGAGGGGACGUACUCCUUCGGCGAGUUCGGCGGACGGCAUCUCAGAGAGACGUCGGACGUGGAGAAGUUCCCGCGCCCGGCGAAGCCGCUCAGGCUGUACGAGUUCGAAGGGUGCCCGUUCUGUCGCAAAGUACGCGAGGCGGUCAUCUGGCUCGACCUAGACGUCGAGUUCUACCCGACGCCGCAGGGAGGCCCGACGUUCAGAGAGUUCGUGAAGUCCACCGGCGGGAAGUCGAUGUUCCCGUAUCUCGUCGACCCGAACACGGAGACGUCCAUGUACGAGUCGGACGACAUCGUGGACUACCUCUACGACGCCUACGGCCCGGGGAAAGACAAAGUGCCGAGUUUACUCCGAGCGGGCGCGCUCACAAUUUUAACCGCGGGGUUCGGACUCGCGCCGAGGAUGGGCGCGGGGAGCAAGUACAAGCCCGCGAAGAUGCCGGAAAAGCCCAUCACUGUUUACUCAUACGAAGCGAGCCCGUUUUGCAAGCUGGUGCGAGAGAAGCUCGUCGAGCUCGAGCUGCCGCACCUCCUGAAAGCGUCCGGGCGCGGGUCGCCGAAGCGCCAGGAGUUGAUGGACAAGAGGGGGAGGUUCCAGGCGCCGUACAUGGAGGACCCGAACACCGGCGUGGCGAUGUUCGAGUCCGCCGCGAUCGUGGAGUACCUCGAGAAGACGUACGCGGCGUGA